AAUGCAAAAUUAAAACUAGACAAUUUAAGAGAAAAUAUAGAUGGCUUAAAAGUAUAAAGAAGAAGGAAAUAUACAUUUUAAAAACUAGGAUUGGAAAAAAGCAUUGACAUGUUAUCACAAAGUAUUUUUAUAUAUCAAUGGAUUAAUAAGCAAAGAAGAUGAAUUGGCACAAUAUUCUUAGGUAUCAUAAUGUCAUUUGAAUUUAGAAUUAAUUAGUAAAUUAGGAAGAGAGUAAUAUCAUCCAAUAAUUAAAAUGCUAAACAUAUGGAAAUAUGGCUUAAGUCUAUAUAAAAUAACAGAAAUACGAAAAAGGAAUGGAAGCAGCUUAGAAUAGUUUAAAAAUAUGCAAUAAUAUUAAAGUUUUGUUUAGAUUAGCUAUAUGCAAUAUUGAAUUAAAUAAUCUAGAACAAGCUAGAGAAUAAUUGUUAGAAGUUCAAAAACAGGAUAAUCAAAUAGAUAUCAGUUCUUAAUUGAAAUAGAUUCAAAUCAAAGAAGCCAAAUAAGAUAGAGUGAUGGCUUAAGCAAUGAAAAAACUGUUCGUUUGAUA